UUCCUAUGCUCUUCUAAGCUCCAACCUUUCCUCAUUUUAGCUCUUCUCACCGAGAAGAUUGCUUAUGGGAUCUCUCAAAUUCAGCAUCUGAAUUUACAUCGCGGAAUCGAAGCUCUCAUUGUAAAGAGAAAUGGCCGAAACCAAAGAGAAGAGCCUGAGCGACGAAAAACCGAAGCCAAGAGUACGCCCAAUUGUUCGCCUCGGGAUCUUCCUCAUCUCUCACAGCUUCCACGUUAGUGUCGUUUGCUGCACUGCUGGGGUUUUGGCUCUGUUUCUAUUGCCUGUUCUUGCUAAAAAUACUUACAUCUCCGAAAAUGCCCUCAUGCCAGGUUCUGCGAGUCCCAUGCUUUCUAAUCAGCAUGUUUCGGAUGGAAAUAGAUUGGUGAAGGAUCUAACUAAUCCAAACUCGAAAUCUUCAGAAACAGGAAUAGAAAGUCACAAAAUCAUAGCACAGUACAUGUUAGACUUGGGUGCUGAAGUUAGUUUCCACAAAUUCCACCCUCAGAUGAAUCAGUUUCAUCCUUUACACUUUUUCUCUAGCCCUGAUUCCGGUAAGAUACAAGAGAAUUACAGUUGUUCAUCAUACGGUAUCAAUACGGUUGGGAUUAUAAGAGCUCCUCGUGGUGAUGGGAAGGAGGCUAUUGUCUUGGUAACACCUUACAAUGCUCUAAAGAGUGGAUUUGGUGAGGCUUUAUCUUUAGGCAUUGCAUACUCAGUAUUUUCGUUGCUCACUCAAGUUACCUGGCUAGCCAAGGAUAUUAUAUGGCUUGUUGCUGAUUCGCAAUAUGGAGAGUAUGCAGCGGUUGCUGCUUGGUUAAGAGAAUAUCAGACUCCUAAAUUUAGCAGUCUGAGUGCUCCAAAUGCUGAGAUGUGUCCAGAUGUUAAUAAUCUUUUUGAGUUGAAAGGUCAUUCUAUUUCUGGAAGUAAAUUCUCCAAUAGUUUUAGACGUGCUGGGACUAUGGCUGCUGCUCUGGUCUUGAAGGUUAGAGAUCAAAAUGAACAAUUUGAAGACACUAUUAGCAUUUAUGCCGAGGCAUCUAAUGGACAAAUGCCAAACUUGGACCUCAUCAAUGUUGUGAAUUAUUUGGCAGUGCAUAGGCAAGGUUUACGUGUAAAUGUGGAGAAAUUGUGGUCCCUUCUUAACUCCAGUUGGCUUAAAAGUUUGGGGGAAAUCUUUGAAUCUCUAGCAAAAGUAGCUAAAAGCUUAUACCCCAAGUGGAAAUUUGGUAUCCCUGCAACAGAGUAUGUUGAAGGCACUGCUACACUUGCAAGCUCAUUGUAUUAUCAGGCUCUAGGUGUGCCUACAGGCCCACAUGGUGCUUUCCGUGACUACCAAGUUGACGCAAUCACGUUGGAGAUUUCACCUAAAUUUUCAUUGGACAAAGUCUGGCGCAAUGACAUUCUUCUAAGAGGCGGCCGGUUGAUUGAAGGAGUUAUACGAUCAGUAAAUAACCUCCUUGAGAAGUUUCACCAAUCAUUUUUCUUGUACCUCUUAACAUCUCCUAGUAAGUUUGUGUCAGUAGGGGUUUACAUGAUUGCGUUUGCACUUCUCAUAGCACCACUUCCAAUGGUUGCGGCUUCUCUCUAUGUGGAUGCAAAUAGUUCAAGCAAGCGUUCAAAAGGUGAUAGCUCAACUCCAUCUGCAAUCACUGAUACUGAUGAACACAGUAUUGCUAUCAGAUCCUGGAGGUGGCUUAAUUCGGCUAAACUAGUUUUUAUUGUUCACCUAUGGGGUGCUAUUGUUUCAUUGCUUCCGUAUUUCAUCUCCCAAAUACCUGAUUGCAGCCCAACAACCAGCUUCAUGAUCUGGGUUUUGCUUUCAAUCCUCAGCCUUCUAACCUUGAACUCAGUUCUGGCUUCUCCUUUAGCUUGUGCUAAAGCAACUCAAGAAAAAGAAUGGGCUCUUGUGAAAUCGGUGACUAUCUCAUCGGUGUUCAUUGGAUUGGGGCUCAUGUCAGUCAUUAAUUUUGCUACCGCAGAAAUUGGAGCUUUAUUGAUGGUCCCAAUGUGUUUACUGGCUCAACCUUUAAAGCUUGAUGUUAGAGCUGGUACUCUGAGAAGUUUUUGCAGGAUGAUCUGCAAUCUGGUUUUAGGGCAUAUUGCUUUUCCACCGGCUGCUUUUUUUCUGUUGAAAGGGAUGCUUGAUGGUUUUGGCAAUGCCAACGUGGGUGACUUCUGGAUGUGGGUUGAGUCUCUUUGGGCAUGGAACAGUGCUACAUAUCUCUUUAUUGUUGAAGUGACAUAUAUAUUUAGUCAUGGAUGAGCUAAAGAAGAUGCAAGAUAUCAAAGGACCGUAUUCUACAACCACUCCAUAAAAAGGUAAGCAACCAAUGAGACAAAGCAAACUUGAUUCUCUCUUAAAGAUUGCAAAUUGAUGUGUCUAUUGAUUCUUUGCUGCCUGCUUUAAUUAUAUAUGUGAUCACCGGGGAUUCUCUUC